CGGGCAGUCACGCCCUAACACGCAUGCGCUGAAAUUAGCGCAGGCGCAGAGCUGUCUUUCCAGAAGUGCGUCCCGGCCUGGCCGGCCUCGCGAGGGACUCACGUGGCCCUGCGGCCAUGGCCAGCUGGGUGUUCUGUAAUCGCUGUUUCCAGCCGCCGCACAGGAAGUCGUCCUUCAGCCUGACCAGCUGCGGGCACGUGUACUGCGACGCUUGCCUCCGCAAAGGUAAAAAGGAUGAAUGCUUCAUCUGUCAAGUUCCUUGUCAUACAGUUUUACUUUCGAAACAUACUAACUCCAAUAUCCAGACAUUCUUUCUGGGCAUAGAUGGUCUGUGUAAGAAGUAUUCUCAGGAGACCUCUCAGAUUUCAGAAUUUCAAGAAAAACACAGGAGGAGACUGGUGGCCUUCUAUCGAGAAAAGAUUUCUCAGUUGGAGGAGUCCCUCCGAAAGUCAGUGCUACAAAUCAAGCGACUACAAAGUAUGAGGUCAUCACAACAAGCAGCUUUCAACACAAUUAAAACUUCCGUUUCAACAAAGCCAAAUGGAUAUCUCUUGCUGCCACCCAGCUCUUCACUUCCUGACAGAAUAGAAUCAAUGGAAAUUGACCUGACUCCUCCAGCAAGAAAGCCUGAAAUGGCAGCAGGCCCUUCAAGAAUCUCUCUGAUUAGUCCACCUCAGGAUGGACGCAUGGGCAGUGUCUCCUGCCGGGGAUCCCAGCAUCUCAGCUUGACACCCAGCCAUGCAAGCAUGACAAAGGCUAUCAGAGUCCCACCAUUGCAGAUGCCCUACAAGGAACUGUCACCAGCUCCAGCAUCACAGCUAUCCAGCAGAGCAGCACAAGGGCCUUCCCCCAGCCUUGGUAGUUCAUGGACUGGACUACCCCGACAGCCCAUCAGCAUCUCGGGCCUGCUGCAGAGGCAGUGUACAGGGUCAGCAUCUCCUGGGGGGAUGGACAGUGAAAAGAUGAGCCCAUUCCUGCCUUCCACACCUGCAAAUCUACGCUCUGCAGCCAGCCCCUGGCAUGUGUGUGUUCCUCGAUAAAUAUCACUGUACAGUUCAUUCUUGAGAGAUGGUGUAACUAAAUAAAGUAGCUUUCUGAUGGAGUAGUGUCUGGACAGCCUUGUGGGAUUUUUGGCAGCUAUAUUCUUCCUGACACUGUAGACUCCUAAAUGUGGCUGUUGGAGGCAACGUGAGCAUCCACCUGGGGCCUACUGUCAGGGAUCCCCAGCUGCAGCUCACUGGGAUUCAGGUGUGCC